AUUUUUAUAAACAGCAGCAGCAAAGGCAUUCUGUCUUGUUACUCUGACGGAUACACCCGGAUCGUACUGAUCGGCAACAGAAAGUGCCUCUGAUGGCUGGUCACCUUCUUAAAGUCUCCUCUCUGGCCACAGCAGUGUUUGCCUCAUCUGGGUUUUACCUCUACAGCAGACAGCUGGACCUCAAUGACCUAAGUGUCUUCCGCUUUGGCCGAGCAGCUGCCACAACUGCGGUCAUCAGCUUUGACUAUCUGACUGCUUUCAGACAUGUGGAAUACGGCACAGAGGAGUACUGGGCCCUCAAGUCCAAGGUGCAUCUGCGGUCAGCAGAGCGUCUUCGAGACUUGUGCUGUGCCAACCGGGGUACUUUCAUCAAGGUGGGCCAGCACCUUGGUGCUCUUGACUACCUGCUGCCUGAGGAAUACACAUCCACGCUGAAGGUACUCCACAGCCAAGCCCCUCAGAGCAGCAUAGAGGAGAUUCAGCAGGUCAUCAGAGAAGACCUCGGCAAGGAGCUUUCAGAGUUAUUUAUCUCCUUUGAGGAGAAGCCUCAGGGUGCAGCCUCCUUAGCCCAGGUCCACAAGGCAAUGCUGCUUGAUGGGAGGACAGUGGCAAUCAAGGUCCAACACCCCAAAGUCCAGAGACAGAGCUCCAGGGACAUAGUGGUGAUGGAGGUGCUGUUGAGGAUGGUCCAUUGGCUCUUCCCAGACUUUUCCUUCAUGUGGCUGGUGGAAGAGGCAAAGAAAAACAUGCCAUUAGAGCUGGACUUCCUUCAUGAAGGACAAAAUGCUGAGAGGACGGCCAACAUGCUUUCCCACUUCCCCUUUCUCAAGAUUCCUAUGAUCCAUUGGGAUCUGUCUACAAAGAGAAUCCUGACCAUGGACUUUGCUGAGGGGGGGCAGGUGAAUGACAGGGAUUACAUGAAGAAACAUGGCAUCAGUGUCAAUGAGAUCUCAGAGAACCUGGGUAAAAUGUACAGUGAAAUGAUCUUUGUCCAUGGCUUUGUUCACUGUGACCCGCACCCAGGGAACGUGUUGGUCCGAAAGUGUGCCCAGAGCAAGAGGACUGAGAUCGUCCUCCUUGAUCAUGGUCUUUAUCAGGUUCUACAUUCAGACUUUAGGUUGGACUACUGUCGGCUGUGGCAGGCUCUGAUUAAAGGUGACAUGUCUGGGGUAGAGCGUUACAGCCUCAGACUGGGUGCUGGAGAUCUUUACCCGUUGUUUGCCUGCGUGCUCACCGCUCGCUCCUGGACUGCCAUCAACUCUGGCAUCAGCUCUGUACCUGUCACACACUCUGAGGACAUUGAGAUACGGACCAAUGCAGCUCUAUACCUGCCCCAGAUCAGCGAGCUGUUGAAUCGAGUGCCUCGACAGAUGCUGCUGUUGUUAAAGACCAAUGACCUACUGAGGGGCAUUGAGACCACCCUACAGACCAGAGCCUCUUCAUCAUCUUUUAUCAACAUGUCGCGCUGCUGCAUACGUGCCCUUGCCAGGCACAAGAGAAGUAAGGCUCAAUCCAGGAGGAAGCAACUGCAGAUCACACUGGCAGAAUCUCUCAACCUGUGGAGACUCAAUAUGUACCAGCUGUUUCUGUGGGUGAGGAGCUCCAUGUUGGGACACUGGCUCACUGCUCUGCUGGCAUUUUUGCCAAAUCUGGACAUCACAGGAGGACAUUAAUAACAGGCUGCAACUACUGGCCCUCAAUAGGUUUAAAAUACAUUGCAUGUUGACACAUUUUGAAUAUGUGUUAACACGCAUGCGCACACACGCACGCAUGCACACACACACACACACAGUUCUCACAAUUUUUUUAAAAUUAACUGUACUGUCCAGUCAGCAGUGUUGAUAACUCUUUAUUUUUUAUUUUACUCUUGCCUAAUUCAAGGCCAUUAUUUCCCGAUGAUUUUUCCCAUAAACUUUAAAUUGUCUGGAAUAAUUUUCUUAUUUACUGUAUACAGUUACUGUGCUCACUUGCCAUACCUGACAACCUGUGUUAUAGCUAGAGCUGAUGUUGGACUCAACAAAAUACCUCAGAAUGACCUUUGCAUCAAGUCACAGAAUUUGGUGAUGCAGAAUGCACUGAACACAAAUGGUUUAAGUCUGUUUAUUGUCAUAACUAAUUGUUUGUGUUCCUGUCAUAUUAUUCGUGAUAUGUAUUAUUCACUUAAGCACUGAUCAGAAAUUGUCA